CUUCACUCGGUCUGCUCAGGGAAAGAAAAAAACUGCCGGCUUAUUCAAAAGCUAGUAUAUACAUCAGACAAAUGCGCUGAGCCGCGUGAAAAUGAACAAGGAAAGUUCAGAAGCAGUCUAAACAGACAGACCCCUGUCAUGAAUCAUGACGUGGUGCUACUGCUGUGUCGAGUUCAACUGCCUGACUGACCUGGUCGCUGGUCGCUAGCACGCACGGGUCAUCUGCUAUGCAAUCCAUCUGAUAUUCUGAUGAACAGUAGAUAGUAGUUGUACUGUCAGGCUUAUGAGUGGAGCCUAAAUACUCGCAUCUUUCAGUCCCAGCACACCUGCCACUAUUUUGAGGUUAUAAGAGGUGCCUCUUCUGGCUUCUAGAGACCAGACUUCACCACGCACGUCUUCACAGAACAGGAGAGGAAGGUCACUGUUAGAGGAGUGAAGUCUCCAAGGAGAGGCAAGCACGAGGACAAUUUUGUAGCCAGCGAGACAAACAACUGGCUAGACCUAGCGAGCUAGCCACCCCUGGAAACAUUCCUCUUCCAGCCUCGGUUUCUCACCUGCAUCCACAUCCGCAUAAAGAUCGCUCGUCUUCCUCCUCGUCUCCCAGUUCCAGGUCGCGCGCCCUGCCUCUCCGGCGCACGCGCGUGAUCCUUCGAUCGGCCCGCGGAGAUGAUCAACAGGUGCUUCUGUUGCGUCUCCGUCGAUGACGAGCCGGAGCCAGCCGCCGCGCCCGCCGGCCGUCGGAGGUACACAUAUAGGCAUCAAGAACCAACGAAUCCGUCGAGGACGCCCAAGAACAGGAGCAUGGAGUAUCCAUGGGAGAUCUACAGCCUCAAGGAGCUCCUGCAGGCGACCAACAACUUCAACGACAGCAACAAGCUUGGGGAGGGCGGGUUCGGCACCGUCUACUGGGGCCGCACCUCCAAGGGCGUCGAGAUCGCGGUGAAGCGGCUGAAGGCGAUGACGGCCAAGGCGGAGAUGGAGUUCGCCAUCGAGGUGGAGAUCCUCGGCCGUGUCCGGCACAAGAACCUGCUGAGCCUCCGCGGUUUCUACGCCGGCGGCGACGAGCGACUCAUCGUGUAUGACUACAUGCCCAACCACAGCCUACUCACCCACCUCCACCCCCAGCGCGGCGUCCCUUCCUCCCAGCAGCAUCAACCCCUCGACUGGGCACGCCGCGUCGCCAUCGCCAUCGGCGCCGCCGAGGGCCUCGCGUACUUGCACCACGAGGCGAACCCGCACAUCAUACACCGGGACAUCAAGGCGAGCAACGUGCUGCUGGACGCGGACUUCGUGCCCAAGGUCGCCGACUUCGGGUUCGCCAAGCUCAUCCCUGACGGCGUGUCGCACCUGACGACGCGGGUGAAGGGCACGCUGGGGUACCUGGCGCCGGAGUACGCCAUGUGGGGGAAGGUCUCCGAGAGCUGCGACGUCUACAGCUUCGGCGUGCUGCUGCUGGAGCUCGUCAGCGCGCGCCGCCCGCUGGAGAAGCUGCCGGGCGGCGUCAAGCGCGAGAUCGUGCAGUGGGCGGCGCCGCUGGUGGAGCGCCGCAAGUGGGAGCGCCUGGCGGACCCGCGCCUCGCCGGGCGGUUCGACGCGCAGCAGCUCCGCACCGUGGUCGAGGCCGCCAUGCUGUGCGCGCAGAGCGACGCCGAGAGCCGCCCCGCCAUGGCCGAGGUGGUCGAGAUGCUCAGGUUCAGCGGCGAGCGGCGGACGGCCAAGGAGAUCGUCCCGGUGGCGGCCGCGAGCAGCGAGACGGAGGCGACGGACCUGGACGACGUCACCGGGAGCAGCGAGCCCCUGGACAGGCGCAGCUGGAAGCUGACCAAGCUGAGUUCUCAAAUUAAUGGCGGAAUUCUCAAAGAAGCAAAGGCGUGGUUCAACGGGCGUUUCCGUCUAAAAGCAUCUGAACAUCAACUGUCAGAAACAUAAAGGUGUUCAGAAAUGGUUCAGAUGUCCAAUUUUUUGUAAACUUCUUGUUGUCCAGGGUCUAGCCACAAUAUUUGGUUUGAUAUGUUCUUCAUCAAACUCAAAUUUACGCUUGGUUGAGCAAUGGAAGAUCGAACGGAAGAGUGCAUUUUCUAUGUUCUUUGCUUUGCAGUCAGACCUGAAGUAUGACUGACAGUAAAACCAGCUAGACAAGUGCAACACCUGCGCUGCGCUAUUAGUAUGCCUUUCUUUGGCGAAAUACAGACAGUAGGGCUUAUUUCGGGUGCACAUAAGAAAUAAUUUAGAACCAUUAGAACUGUAUAUGUAUAUAUAUUGAUAGAUUCCAGCAGAGCGUCGUUCCUCCUGACA